AGGCACACCAGUCCGUCGCCAUCCGCCAACGCGCUUAGACAUUUGACAAGGAAUAUAAUUUUAUAAAACCCUACGUACAUUGACAUUGUAUUAUGCGCUCCCUUUGGCUGCUGCUCGGCCUGGCACUGCUGGCCCUGAGCCAGGUCCAGGCCUCCGAGGAGGACUCUUUGGGUGACUUGGACGAUCUCGAUCUGACCGAUAUGGAUGAGAACGAUGAGGAGUUCCUGCGGCUCCUGGAGGACAAGGCGAAGGCCAAGGAUGUGCAACGGGAGAACGAGAUUGCCAGCCAACUGGCCGAGGUUCAGCACAAUCUUCUCAAUCCCGUCGUGGAGGUGGAUCUCUGCGAGACGAUCCCCUGCGGCGCGGGCCGCAUCUGCCAGAUUCACGACGAGAAGCCCGAGUGCGUGUGCAUCCCGGAAUGUCCGGAUGAGAUCGAUACCCGUCGCCAUGUCUGCACCAACACCAAUGAAACCUGGCCAUCGGAUUGCUCCGUGUAUCAGCAGCGCUGCUGGUGCGACAGCCGUGACGAGCGCUGCGCCAACCUGGACAAUGCCCACAUGCACAUCGACUAUUAUGGAGCCUGCCACGAGCCAAGGACCUGCGACGGCGAGGAUCUAAAGGACUUCCCCAGGCGCAUGCGCGACUGGCUCUUCAACGUGAUGCGGGACCUGGCCGAGCGUGACGAGCUGACCGAGCACUACAUGCAGAUGCAGCUGGAGGCGGAGACGAACCACUCGCGCCGCUGGUCGAAUGCCGCAGUGUGGAAAUGGUGCGACCUGGACGGCGACACCGAUCGCUCAGUCUCCCGCCACGAACUGUUCCCCAUCCGGGCUCCGCUCGUCAGCCUGGAACACUGCAUUGCCCCCUUCCUGGAGUCGUGCGACUCCAACAAUGACCAUCGCAUUACCCUGGUUGAGUGGGGCGCCUGCCUGGAGCUGGAUGCCGAUGACCUCAUAGAGCAAUGCGACGACGUCAAGCGGGCCAAGCCGCAUAUGUUGGGCUAAUCCCCCAAAAAUGCUUCCCUACUUUUGUAGAAUGCCAUAAGCACUAACCACUUGUGUUUCCUUAAUCCAAAAAUGUCUACUUUUGCACGACUUUAUUCUAAGAGCUUUGUGUUUAAUGAAAAUAAACAAAGGUAAAUAAUACUUUCAAGGGUCAA